AUGGCAGCCACUUUCUCCGGCAGCUCAAGAGUCCGGCAGCCGACCAAACUCGACUGCAUCGCCACGUGGCUUGUGAACGGCUUGACGGGCGCGUUUUUCGCGUCGCUCGAGAGAUGCUCUUGCAUUCGUAUUUCGACUGCCGGAGAUGAUUUCGGAGAAGAAGCCAACGACGUGCCUCUGAUUCUCGACGAUGGAAAUUUCGGAGGUGAUCAUGGCCAUGAUGGUGGUCUAAGGCGAAGAAGAUUAGGCAAAGGUUAUGUUUACUGA